UUAAGUUAAUAAGUUAAUUACAUAUAUAAUUGCAUAAGUUAAUUAUAUAUAUUUUUAAGUUUAUUAGUAGUUUUAUUUUAUAUAUUUAUAGUUUUAUAGUAUAUAAUAAUUAUAUUGUGUUUUUAGUUUAUUGGUAGUCCUUUAUAUCCUUAUACAUAUGAAUAUUUAACUUUUUAUUAAAAAUUAAUGAUUUUAUAUACAUUAUUCUGUAAUAAAAUUCUUAAAUCUGCGACAAAACACUAUGAACAUUGUUUCAAUUAUUUUGAGUGUCAAAAGUUUUACUCAAUAAUAAACAGAGAGAAAUAUAUCAUGAAGUACCUCAAUGUGGCAGAGAAACACGACGCAGCAAAAAAUAUUGCAAAUAUUUUAUCAAAUGGUUCAGCAAGAAGGCGUGAAGGAUUUUGUGUAUACAAUAAAAUAUUUGAUUUUGAAACUAAUAUCAAAAACCAAAACUGCAAAAUGGUAAUGACAUCUGUAUCUGGUCAUUUGUUAAAUUAUGAAUUUCUUGGGCCGUACAAGAGCUGGAAUAAUUGCAGCCCAGAACAACUGUUCGAUGCACCAAUUAGAAAAACAAUUUUAAACAACGACACAGGUGAAAAAAUUAAAAAAACUUUAGAGAAAGAAGUAAAAAGCUGUCAAGGUUUAAUUAUAUGGACAGAUUGCGAUCGCGAAGGUGAAAAUAUAGGUUUUGAAAUUUUGGAAAUUUGUAAAGCGGUAAAGCCUACUUUGAAAGUUUUUCGCGCAAAAUUUUCAGAAAUUACCAGAUCGGCAAUUUUACGUGCUGUAAAUAACUUAGUUCAACCUGAUCAAAGACAAAAUGAAGCUGUUAAUAUUCGUCAAGAAUUAGACUUGAGAACAGGUGCCGCGUUUACGAGAUAUCAAACUCUUAGAUUACAAAAACUAUUUCCUGAAACAACUGCAGAUAAGUUAAUUUCAUAUGGCAGUUGUCAGAUUCCAACAUUAGGGUUUGUAGCAGAACGGUAUAAAGAAGCCGAAGACUUUGUAUCAGAGCCAUUUUGGAAGUUAGUUGUAACACAUACGAUAGAUGACUUAACAGUGGAGUUUAAUUGGGCACGGAAUCGCUUAUUUAAUAAAGAAGUUGUAGAAGAUUAUUUAUUACUUUGCCUAACUGAUCCAAAAGCAAAAGUUGAAAAUAAAAGUGUUAAACCUAAAAAUAAAUGGAGACCGCAACCUAUGGAUACAGUAGAACUUGAAAAAUUAGGGUCAAGAAAAUUGAAAAUUAAUGCAAAAGAAAUAAUGAACAUUGCUGAAAAGCUAUAUAAUAAAGGUUUCAUAAGUUAUCCUAGAACGGAAACUAACUCAUUUUCGUUAAAUUUCGACUUGUCGAAGAUUGUACAGCAACACACAUCCCACUCCGAAUGGGGCGAUUUUGCUCUUAGAGUGCUACAAUGGCAACCAAAUCCACGAAAUGGCAAAAAAACAGAUGAAGCCCAUCCACCGAUACAUCCAAUUAAAUUAACUACAGAUCUUAGUGGAAACGAAGCUAGAGUAUACGAGCUAAUCGUAAGACAUUUCUUAGCCUGUGUUAGUAGAGAUGCGACUGGAUCGGAAACCAUAGUUCAUAUUAACAUAGCUGGCGAAAAAUUCAGUGCGAAUGGGCUUGUCAUUUAUGAACGGAAUUAUUUAGACGUGUAUCCCUAUGAAAAUUGGAAUUCAAAACAAAUACAUCACUACGACGUUGAACAAGAGUUUGAUCCGACAGAAAUUUCUAUGCGAGAGGGUAGUACUACUGCACCACCAUUACUCACGGAAGCAGACUUAAUAGCACUAAUGGAAAAAAAUGGAAUAGGAACGGAUGCGACUCAUGCUGAGCAUAUUCACACAAUUAAAGAAAGAGGUUAUAUAGGCGAAGUGGAUCGCGGUUUAUUAGUUCCUGGCACGAUUGGAAUGGGCUUGUAUGAAGGUUAUGGAGCAAUGGAUUUAGAACUAGCAAAACCUAGAUUACGAGCUGAAUUCGAAAGUGAUUUGAAGAAAAUAUGCACUGGGGAGAAGGAUUCAAAAUUAGUUUUAAGAGAACAAAUAGCAAGGUACAAGGAAGCAUAUCAUUUAAUAACUCAAAGAAUAACUGCAAUGGACGAAAAAUUUUCGAAUAGAGUAAACGAAACUCCGGCAAACAGAAGAAAUAAUGGCGACCAAGACCCCAGAAAUGAUGGGGCUGGUGGAAGUAGUGAUGUGAACGGCAAUAAUGAUAAUGAUGACGAUGAUGGUGAUGACGGAAAUAUUCCUCCCGGGUGCGGUGGUAAUAAUUUUCGGAAUGUCAGAACAGAUUCUAGCUCUGAUGGCAUUCCUUCACCCUUACAAGAAUUAUUUUUGUGCCCUAAAUGUAAAACAUGUUACAUGGUUUUGAAAAAAAAAAAAGAAGGAAACUCCUAUAUGAUUGGAUGCUCUAAUUUUCCUGUGUGUAAAAAUGUAAUUUGGUUGACAGAUGGAAUCAAAGAAGCUCAAUUAUCUCAUAGUUCCUGUAAACGAUGCUACAAUAAAAAUUAUAAGAGUAGUAUAUCAAAUAAAAUUGAAUUUAAAUUUAAAAACAGUUCAUAUCUAGCAUUACUGGGUUCAACAAGUUUAACAUACACGACAUGCUUGAGAUGUGAUUCUAAAUUUAGGGAAAUAUUUGAUAUAAAUUUGGAUCAAGUUAAAUUUGUUGGUGCUAUUGUAGGAGAAAAUACCGAUAAUUUGCAAGGCAGUUUAGAAAAAACCGAACGCAUUAAAUCUGCUGCUUCUGUUAUCAAACAAAAUAAGGAAUCUUUAAUACGUACUUUUACUACAAAUACUUUCAAGCAGAGCAAUAUGGAAUCUAAUAUAGAUUCAUUUUUUGAAGAUGAUUUUUUUGAUAAUCACAAUUUUGACGACCAAUUCGAUGAGGUUUUCAUAAAUUUGGAACCUGCUUUACAAUCAAAUAACGAGCCUAAUGAGAACAAUCUCAGUACAAAAAAAAAAUGUAAAACUUUUAAAAGUCAGCAGGAAAGAGAUGCUUAUUUCACUGGCUGGAAUAAAUCGAGUAAGUUAUCAAAAAAUCCUAUUAAAUUAGACUCCAUGCCCGACUGGGGAUCAUCAUUCACAAAUGGUUAUACCACUAGCACAUCUUCUGGUCAAGUUAGCAACUCUAAAUGGAUAGAUUUAAGUAAUGUUAACAAUGAAAAUAACUCGAAUAAUUGGUUUAACAUUGGUUACUCAACAAGCAAUAAAGUUGGAGAGCCAUUUAAAAAAAAAUACAAAAAAGACGUAGGCAAACAAACCGAAUCUUUGGUCAAAUGUAAAACUUGCAACGAAUUGGCGAAAAAACAAGUUGUAAAAAAGGAAGGCCCAAAUAAGGGGAGAGAAUUUUAUUGCUGUAAUUUAACAUGUAAUUUUUUUCAAUGGGCUGAAGAUAGUGCAAAUGCUAAAUCUAAGAAUGAAGAGAAGUUUGGUUUAGAGUGGGGGUAUGGCUUAGAGGGAAGAUCUCGAAAAUAUGAACAACAAUGUAAUUGCAACAAGCCAGCCAUUAUUCGGCAGGUCCGAAAAGAAGGUUUAAACCAUGGAAGAUCAUAUUACGUGUGCUCUAAUCAAAAGUGUUCAUUCUUUAAAUGGUUUGAAAAUGAAGUGGAGAAUUUGAGUGAAAUAAAUAAUUUUUGGGGACCAAACAAAAGGAAAUCUUCAAACUCAGCCACAAGUUCGAAAAAACGCAAAUGUGGUUUAUGUAGAAUGGAGGGACACACUAAGAAUAAAUGUCCUAGGCAAGAAGAAUUUUAAAUAUUUUUUAAUUCAAAACAAAUUUUAG